AAGGAAAGCGUGCCUACCUUCCUUAACCUUAGAGGGCACUGAUGACGCCAUGAGGUUUUAACUCCGAAUUCUGCGUAAUUCCUUUUGGUAUAUUUUCAUAUGCUCGUUUGCUGUCUCCUUUGGCGGUUCUCUGUCAGCAGUGCUACUUGUGAUUUCCGGGACCCACAGCUCCGUGUUCUUAUGAAGUCUCGAGACUUUGUCUUUGAGCGAGAGGAAGAGAAUUCCCCCCUUUGCAGAGAGGAAGACAAUAGAGAAAAGGUUGAAGGAGAAUUUUAGCCUUAUAUUGACCGUUAUUCGAAACUUCUCUGCUGUGACAUUUUCCCAUUUUCCACUACUGGUGGCGCAGGACGAACGCAUGCAAGUACAAGUAGCUCCAGCCCCGAAUCCUCCGAGUCCUGCUGCUCCUACACCUUCCGGAACUGCAGGAUCACCCCCACCAUCCAUCUCAUCACCACCACCACAAUCAUCCUCUCCGCCACCUACUCAAUUAACAUCUCCACCUCCACAAGAUGAUCCUACACCGCCGCCACCAUCAUCAAAACCUCCACCACCAGCAACACCAUCGACUCCACCGCCAUCUAAUUCACCUCCUCCUAGUUCUCCACCACCAUCACAACCUUCUAAUCCACCACCUACACUGCCUCCUCCAGCACCACCAUCUGAACCACCCACAAGUGCUUCUCCACCUUCGCCAUCACCACCGCAGCCACCACCAAAUUCGCGUCCUCCACCACCACCACCAUCCACGCCUGCCCCUGAUAUCCAACCUCCACCAUCAUCUAGUCCACCUGAAAGUUCACCGCCACCACCACCACCACCAGAAACCUCAUCACGACCACCUAGCAGUUCACCCUUACCACCUAGGAGUUCACCUCCUCCACCACCAACUUCAAUUCCACCAAGAAGUUCACCUCCACCUCCAAGUAAUGCUUCAUUGCCUCCUACUACCCCUACCCGACAGUCACCACCUUCUGGACCAAAUUCUACUCAAUCUACUCCACCACCAGUAAUCAGACUGUCUCCACCUCCUCCGUCACGGAAUUCUCCAUCAUCCACUUCUCCCCCAUCAUCUGUGAACAAUGAUACUAUUCCGAAUGCACCUUCUAAUCAAAACGGCGGAAACAGUGGUAUUGGUACUGGUGCUAUUGUGGGUAUUGGAGCAACUGCAGGAAUCUUAAUGCUCAGCCUUAUUUUGGUGAUCGCUUGGUGCUUAAAGAAACGCAGGAGAUCUGUCUCCAGAGUCAAUGGCGAUUAUGUGAUGCCUUCACCUUUUGCAUCCUCCCCUAUAUCAGGUGAACAAGUAUUUCAAUAUUAAUUUUGCUACUGUUUAUUGGGAUGUUGGAAUGAUAGCAUAAUUUGGAAGUGUGCGUUACUUCUCAAAAUAAUAUGAUCUCAUAUUUUGAAAAUACCUGUAGUCAAUCCAUAACUAUUCUUGAAGACAUUCAUUGAUUCCGUGCUGUUAUGAAGCCUGCAGUCCACGUGAAAUUACCUGAUAUGACAAUCAUAAUGAUUUGCAUGAAUACAUUUAAUAAAUGGUU